AUGCGCAGGGAGACUGAGGAGGGACGAUCGGCCCCGCAGCAGCAAGCUUGCGACAACAAGUGGGAGGUGGUUAAGGCGGCUAGGGAGGUGGUUAAGGCGGCUAGGGAGGUGGUUAAGGCGGCUAGGGAGGUGGUUAAGGCGGCUAGGGAGGUGGUUAAGGCGGCUAGAGAGGUGGUUAAGGCGGCUAGGGUGGUGGUUAAGGCGGCUAGGGUGGUGGUUAAGGCGGCGAGGGUGGUGGUUAGGGCGGCAAGGGUGGUGGUUAAGGCGGCAAGGGUGGUGGUUAAGGCGGCAAGUGUGGUGGUUAAGGCGGCAAGGGUGGUGGUUAAGGCGGCAAGGGUGGUGGUUAAGGCGGCAAGGGUGGUGGUUAAGGCAGCAAGGGUGGUGGUUAAGGCGGCACGGGUGGUGGUUAAGGCGGCAAGGGUGGUGGUUAAGGCGGCAAGGGUGGUGGUUAAGGCGGUAAGGGUGGUGGUUAAGGCUCGGCAUGGCUGA